CCCCGCCCGCCGACAGCCGCCGGCCCUGGAGCCGAGGACGAAGUCUGUUUGGAGCCAAAUCUUGUCUAUGUGUGUGUUGUUUUGUCUCUUUUAAUACACUGCCUUGACUUGCUUGCUGCGAAGGGAGUAUGCAUCUGGAGAUCAAAGUUGCUCUUAACUUCAUCAUCUCAUACCUGUACAACAAGCUUCCUCGGAGGCGGGCAGACCUGUUUGGUGAGGAGCUAGAGCGCCUGCUGAAGAAGAAAUAUGAGGGUCACUGGUACCCAGAGAAGCCUCUGAAGGGAUCUGGCUAUCGCUGCGUUCAUAUAGGGGAGACGGUGGAUCCGGUGGUGGAGCUGGCGGCCAAGCGGAGCGGGCUGGCUGUGGAGGAUGUGCGUGCCAACGUGCCAGAAGAGCUGAGUGUCUGGAUUGAUCCUUUUGAGGUUUCCUACCAGAUCGGCGAGAAAGGCUCUGUUAAGGUCCUCUACCUAGAUGACAGCGAGGGCUGCAGUGCCGUGGAGCUGGACAAAGAAAUCAAGAGCAGCUUCAACCCCGAUGCCCAGGUAUUUGUCCCCAUUGGCAGCCAGGACAACUCGCUGUCCAACUCUCCGUCCCCCUCCUUCGGCCAGUCACCUAGCCCCACCUUCAUCCCUCGCUCUGCCCAGCCCAUCACUUUCACCACUGCCACCUUUGCUGCCACAAAGUUCGGCUCUACGAAGAUGAAGAAGGGUGGAGGAGCCGGAGGAGGGGGUGGUGGAGCAGGGGCUGGGCAGCAGCCAAGGAUGGUCAGGUCUCCCACCACCAACCUGCUGAAGCACAAGGGCCUCUCCCUGUCUAUGCACUCUCUGAACUUCGUCGGGAGCACUGGGAGCCAAGCCCCACAGUCACAGCUCUCCCCCAACGCCAAGGAGUUUGUUUACAGCGGCGGGUCGCCGGGAGCCAGCAGUCUCUUCUUUGAUGGUGUUGCCAGUGAGAGCCAGGCCAGCAGCAUUCCACCGGCAUCGCAGUUCAACACCGGCACAGGUGGUACCUUUGAUAUGGCUCAGGUCUUCGGUGGCAGCACCAACAGCCUCUUUCUGGAGAAGUCUCCCUUUGUGGAAGGACUCAGCUACAACCUGAAUGCCAUGCAGUAUCCCAGCCAGUCGUUCCAGCCUGUUGUCCUGGCCAACUGACCACAAGGAAGGAGAGUAUUUUGGGGCAGGGAGGGAGGCGGGGGGGAAACAAGAACAAAAUAAACAAAAAAGAGGGAGAGAAAAGAAAAAUAGAAAUAUACAGAAAAUACUCAAAUCUUAUAAAUAUAGCUUCUUGGGAAAAGAGAGAGCCCAGUGUUGUUGCGCUGUGCUGGCAACGCUCCUGAAGCACUGACUUGUUUUUUUAACUCAGUCCCUAUGCUUUUUUCCUACUCACUUUUUUACUCCUUAAAUGAGUCUUAGGAUUUUUUUGGUUUGUGUUUCCCCUUCUCCCACCCCAGCCCAGGACUGGUGCAAACAUAGGUCACAAUACUUCUGAUUCCCUGCACCCCCCCCGCCCAGCAUUGGACACAGGGUCCUUUCACCUGGGUGUAGGGAUGUCUUCUUCAUACCACCUCGCUGGAGGAGGGACGGGGAGAGGAUGAGUCAGUGUUGGUAGAGACACACACACUCUUGUUGCGUGCUAGCCAGAAAUGGGUGGGUGGGCUUGCUUUUUCUGCUACGGCUCUGCGUGUAGACGGAGAGCAUCUACUGUGCCCACGGGCAUAGACUGUUGUGCUGUUGUUGCUCCAGACUCUCCAGCCCAGGCUGGUGUCAGCUGUUCUGUCUGUGUGCUGAAAAGCACUGACUCUUCUUGACCACCUCCCAGCAUGUAGCAGGGAGGGUAGAGCGUAACUGUGAAAUGGCUUCUGCUCCCCUUCCUCAUCUGCACUUCCAGCCAUGGCUGCAGGGGGACAGCACUUUGAACUGAGUGACUCUGGUUAUCAUCCCCUUCUGUGUGUGAGCGAGGGGGCCUUUCUGUGUCCUCUCAGGGCUGCCCAGUCAAUCUGGGCGACAGCCCUGUGGUGUAGAAACACCAUGCGCCUGUCCCUGUGGCUGGGGGAGGUGGUGCAGAGCCAGGUGGCCCCACUUGGAUCCUGCCACUGCUUCCCAGAUGUUCUCCCCAGCAGCAGGGGCCAGCAUCCACCAGCAGUCAACUGGGGCAGCCUCCUGGGUCUGCGUUCUCAUGCCCUGCUGUGAAUUCAUCUUCUUGUCUCAGAGAGGGAAUUCUUUCUUUUUUAGCUAGAGAGGCAGCACUACUUUUGAGGAAGAGAAAGGGCUAUGUUAUUGAAGCUGCUCUCUUGAUUGGUAGCAAAGGGUUUGUGCUUUCAGCCAGGUGUAUGCAUGACUAAACCCCCUCCCCUGCCCUUCUGGAGGAGCAUGAGGAGGUGGCUGAUGAGGUGCGGAAGGGAAGCACCUGGCAUAAACUCAUCAUUCCAGCCAGAUCAUGUCAGUGUGGAUGGUGGCAGGCUUAGAGCAAAGCGGGGAUGGGUGCUCCGAAGGCGAGCAGCCAUCGCUGCAUGUGAAUGUAUGGUGCCUCCCCACUGCAGGUCUGGGAUCUGGGAACACCCCUGCAGCUUUCCCUGGGAUGAUGUGCUGCAGUCGGGUGGUAGUGGCUUUUCAGCUAGGUUGUGUCUGUGUCAGGGACUCCAAAACCCACCUUCACACGAAGCCGAAGGAAGGGGUUCCUUCUUGCCCAGGCAGGAUGGAGGCUCUCUAGGUGGGAAGGAGGUCUCCUUGGAGGCUGUUGUGGGAGUAUGGAAGCGUGCAAAGAGGAGAGAGAUGGAGAUGAUGAGACUCCAGUCUUUGAAGUUCUCAGUUUAAAAGAAAAAUAAGCUUUUUGCUGCCUCCCAAACGUGAGGUUUGGCUUUCUUUCAAUGAUGUCUCUGGAGCACCUUCUGAAACCUGCUUCUCCUGUAUCUGUUGAACCAAUGUGCUCUUUCAAGACAUCGCUGUUUCAGGGGAGAUGGGCUUGACCUCAUGCUUUUCCCACUCCCUUCCCUCGAGCUGAGAUGAAGGCACUCCAGCCCUCUUGUGUUGCCAGUGAGCCUUUGCAGAGGUAACGGGCUGUCCCAGGGAGACUGCCACUGCCCGGAGCUCUUGAAGGAGAGUUUCCAUCGCACCCUUCCCCUUGCUGGGGGACUGGGGGAGGCACGGUCCUGACCUCCCACCCAGUGCGGGUUUGCAAGCAGGCUGCUUGCCAUCAGGCUAUGACCAAUGCGGCGGGUGGGCAAGGAGCAUGGAGCCCAGCUAGCUUCCCCCAAACCGGCACUUGCAGCCUCAACCCUGCAGGUUUCCAGACUAGGACAAGUUGCUGAGGAAUGGCCAAGCUGUUGGGUUUCCCUUUUUCUUUCUUUUUUUUUUUUUUUGACCACCCACUUAACUGAUGUUACCACUGCCAUCCUGUCCUUCUCCGUGGGAGUGUGCUGCCGAGUGCUUGCCCACUUGCCAUGCUGGACUGAGGGGUGCUCAGCCCACAAUCACAGGACCUGAUCCAGUUGUCCUUCACUGUGCCCACAUCUGGCAAAGCCACCUGUGAGCUGCUGUGGUGGGACAUAGUGUUCUCCUCCGGCACAGGGAGGGAGGGGAGAGGUGGGCAUGCCCCCUGGCCACCUGCUUAUGAGUGUGAAGCUUUGAUGCCGCUUUGCCCUGCCACACGUAUUAUACCUGCUUUAAAAAUAGUGGUGUGAGCGGAAGGAGGAAAAGAGGAGGGACCAACCUCUUUGUAUCUUAAAAGGAAAAAAGCGUGCUUCAGAAACGUUCCUCCACUGUCAGGCAGCAAUGGAAACUAAUGGCCUUUUCAGGUCUUUUCUAGUCUUGGAUGUAGGUGUUCAGCUUCAAUUUUAUUUUUUAAAAACCUGCACUAAUUUACCUGGUUUCUUAGGAAGAGAAGAGAGAAAUUUUUUUUUAACUUUUAUUUUUUAUGGGUUUGUGUUCUUUUUGUUGAUGUCUGUUUGUAUUGAAUAAUUUGCUACAUUUGUAAAAUGUAAGAGGUAUAUAUAAUAUAUGUAUAUUUCUAACGUAAAAAAACUGUAAUUUUUUUCUUUUCAAGAUUUUUUCUUAAAAAGAGGAGAGAAAAAAAUAUUUUUUCAGGAAAAAAACUUUAAAAAAAAAAAGAAGUGGUGAAGAUUCCUUUUUCCCCACUCAGCCUCCCUCCUUUCCCUCCCACCCCUCUCUGAGGAGUGAAUCGACAGCUGCCCUGUGGGAAACAAUGAGUGAAAGAGGAUAGAAGUCUGUAUGUCUCUGAGCAGAGGGUUUCCAUGUGUGCUCUGUUUGGGUUUCUUUCUGAGAAGGGGGCUACUUAGAGGGGGAACCCCAGGGGGUUGCUGUCUUUUUUUUCUUUUUCUUUAGCGAAGGAGGAAUACAAUCAGAGUUUUGUAUUCAGAAUGUUGUGCAAUAUUUUGGAACGGGACAUUGGUGUGUCUAGAGAUUUAGUUAAAAAAAAAACAAAAAGGUUGAUCAAAUCUGUACAGUUUCUAUUGUUCCAGAUUUUUUUAAGUUUGUAUUAAAAGCAUGAUA